AUGACACACUUACCAUCAACUUCAGAUACAUAUUAUGUGCUUCAGGACAGAACUGAAGACGCAAUUAAUGCGUAUAAAUUUAAAAGAUCGGUAAAGGGUGAGGCAAGUCGACGAAUAAGAUCAGUCUAUGUCACCAAACCGGAAGCACACAAUGUCAUGUGGCAGAAGUUAGAAAGCUUCUACGAAGAUGUUGGUGCAAGUGUACAAGCUGCACUAGAAGAUUUACAUAAGAUUAAAGCCGUACCGACAGAUGAUUACAAAGGCUUGGUAGAACUUGUAGACGAAGUAGAAUCAGCGUAUAGUCAAUUGGAAGAGUUGGGAAACCUAAAUGUUUUGACGUUGAGAGAUGUUGAUUUAAUCACCGAACUGCUACCAUGUUAUUUGAAAGUAGAAUGGCGAAGAAGAUAUAGGGACAUCACGGCCACUGAAAAGAUACACCCUUUCAUCCCUUUAAUGCAUUUCCUCGAAGGCGAACGAGAAGCAGUCUCUCGAAUAGCCGAGUACCAGCCAAAGGGAAGGAGAAAUGAAUGAGCGAAGAAAGCAACAUGUACAAGGUUAUCAUGCAGGAAAGCAAUCCUCCAAGAAGUAUUACAAGUGUGCCUAUCCAUCUCACAGAAAGGACAGUAUCAGUCAUACCACAUCAGAAUGCAAAGAGUUUCAGAAAUUACCGGUUAGCGGGAAAGAAGGAAAGUAUGAACUCUUAAAACAAAUUGAUGCUUGUUUCAAAUGCUUUGGAAACCAUAGAAGGCUAGACUGUCCCAAGAAAGUUCCCUGUCCAUGUGGAAGUGGUCAACAUCAUCAGUUACUCUGUGAAUCCAAGCGUCCAGAAGAAAAUAAGGGUACAGGUUUCGCACAGAAAGAAACCCACGUUUCUCGAUCGGAUUCAUUAUCCCUGUAUCCCAUCUACCAAACAGCAGUCUGUGGAAGCAACAAAACUGUAUCUGUUUUCUGUGAUGGAGGAUCAAAUGCCACCUACAUAACCCACUGGGCAGCUGAAAGAAUAAAAGCCAAGAAACUUGGAAAGAUCACCCUUGACGUAACCACCAUGGGAAAUGUUGAACAGACGUACCACACCCAGCAGUAUGAAUUCACCUUGCAGACAAACUCGGGUAAGAAGGUAAUCAUCACAGCUUUAAUAUGGAAUGGAAAGAAUUACUGGCCCAGUUAG